AUGCCUGAGCUACGGUUCUUGACCGGCUUCCGCCCGCUUCUAUUAGCAGGAUGCUCCUCCUCAUCACCCCAAAUACCGACGAUAUUCCUAAUAUCUUUGUUCUAUGAGAAAUACCCUCCUCUACGGUCAACAGCACAGCCCGCUCCAGGGGUAACAACGGCAAUAGAAAAUAUUGUCGGUAGGGCUCGACUUGAGGUCCGUGUUGGGUUCUUUGGAAUUUGCAUUCAAAAAGACGGCGGCUCGUUUCUCUGUAACGCGAAUGCUACUGCGCUGGCUGGCUAUACACAGCCAGAAGAUGACCCUUUGAACCUCAUCUGGGUUGCAUCAACAUUUAAAGAUGCCGUCGUUUUUCCAUACCUUAUAAUUGUUGCGUUGAUCUUCGCUUUCAUCUGCUUCCUCAUUUUAGGCACCUUUCCCGGAUGGCAUGAAGAACUAAAUGAUGACGGCUCCGAGCGGGAGGUGCUGCCAUUCCCAUCACGCCCCGUCUCCCAAGUGGCCCUCGCCCUCAUCUUUAUUUCAGCCGUGUUUGUAUUAGUUUCAGUACUUUGGCAGCACACUGCGUCUGUGGCAGCAAGCACGGUAGCCCAAGACUUGGGGAAUGGGAGCGUUAAAAGUGGAGUUGGGACGUCAGCAAUGGUAUUAGGCUGGUUCGGCUUCUGCUUGCUCGUUGUUGUUACUGUUGGGUUGUUGGUGAUGAUCUUGAGUUUGACUCUGAUUUCCCAGCUGACAGACGAAGCCUGA